AUGACGGACCACCGGGACUUUCAUGACAGCGGGCCAACGGAACAACCAAAAGGACCGAGAGCCCCCGAUCUUCCAAAAGCACUAGAGACAGAUUCGUUCUUGUCAAGCUCUCUCCAACCACCGCGGUGCCAAGAUGUCCGGGGAGUCAAACGAAACGUUCGGACUGAUAUUCCAUGUUGUAAAUUAAAGGAAACGAGUAAUCCCAUAACCGAGACCUCGAACACGAUGAAUCUUGCUUCCAAAGAUUUUCCACCAUGUCAUGUUUGUGAUGUGACUUCAAUAACGUCUACGCCUCGAAAUAUGACAAAUCGUACCGGCUCCCAAUGA